GAUUGCAUUAUGCGCAUACUUAAAUAUUUAGAUUUUAAAGACGAAUUAAACUUGUUCGAGGCAACGAAAACAGAUCCAAUAAAUCGUUGGGCUUCGGUUCUCGACUUUAUUUGGAAAAAGGAAAAGAAAUACACUUUUUGGACAAAGCAAUAUGAAAUCUUUGAUAAGAAUACUGAACUGAUGCGAAAUUUCCUGAGCUGCAUCAGUUCAACUGUAGAAGAAUUAACUCUAUGGGAUGCCACACCGGGAAGACUCGAAUGUUGGACAGAGUUCGAAUUUCCGAAGAUGAGAUCACUGCGUUAUUCAACGAUUUUCUGCAACAGCGACGAAAAAACGAGAUUACACGGUAAUGACAGUGUUCCAGUACUACAGUUAAUGGCGAAGCUCUUUCCAGGACUGCAUCAUUUGAAUCCUUCCUCAUUUGAACGCUUCGAUUUGUAUCACUUCGCACAAUGGAGGCAUUUGAAAAAACUGGAUAAAUCCUAUUGUGACGAUUUCGGUGCACUUAAAUCGGCGAUAGAAAAUGGCUCAUUCCAAAUGCUGGAAAAUCUCUCAAUCCUAGAAGAAGACUUGAAUGAUGAGUGCUUUAAUAUGUUGAUAAAUUUGCCUAAUCUUCGAACUAUUGUCAUGUUAUGCGGCUCUGAUUGUGUUAUUAGUUUAGACCGUCGAAUUCAAAUGCGGGCUGAGGACAUUGAGCACAUUAUUCUCGAAUUCUUUUAUUUGAAUGGACUGGACAAUGUCAGUAAAUUGAUAAACGUGCGUCAAUUGACUUUUAUUGAUAUGAGAGAAGAUAUGUUCGUUGAUCAAGAUCUAGACGAAUUGAUAACAUCUUUACCCCAAUUGGAACGACUUGAUUUCAAAAAUGUGGGACAUUUCGAAUGUGAAAAUGAGCUUUGGAAUAUUGUGGCCGAUUGUCCAUCUCUGAAGAUUUUUAGAAUGUUGAAAAAGAAGCUAGGCAAAGACUUCAUUUCCUCAGACAGAAGCCUCAUGGAAAACGUUUUAAAUAAGCGCUCUACACAUUUAAGCCUUUAUUUCCAAGUCCCUGAGGAAGUGGAGAAUCUGAUUCGUUUAUAUUUCAAGCAUCCUAAGUUAAAUGUCUCGUUUGAGCCAUUAGAGUUUGAGGAAAUCGGCAAGGAUUCCUUAACAUUUCACUACCGAAAAACUUGAUAAUGUAAUUGUGAUAGAAAACAAAAUGAAUAAUAUAAAUGCACCAUUGUAAAACAAAUUGUUCUUAUUAUCCCAAAUAUUAUUACAGUACAUUCAAAGAUAUUCAAGAAUUUACCAAAAAUAUGUCCUAUAUUCUGAAAAAAGUGUAUUUACAUUUCCAUAGAAUAUAUAGUUCUUUGACACUAAACUAUACAUAAUUUGCUGUUUCUUACCGCAAUCAGAAAAAGAAAUAAUUAAAGAAACAUGUUAAAUAAA